CAAUAGAAACUAGGGUUAGGGUUUAACUUGGACAGUGCGAUCGUUUUCGAUUCGAUCGUUUUCUCUCACAUAGGAACCAGAAACCCCAACAAUCUCUGAAUCUAUGGCGACACAGAUAGAAAAGAGAAAGCCAGUGUUUGUGAAGGUUGAUCAACUCAAACCGGGAACCAACGGUCACACACUCACGGUGAAGGUGGUGAGCUCGAAACCUGUGAAGGCGGUGGGUAACCGAGUCGGUCGGCCGUCGGUGCUAGCUGCUAAGCCUCCCCGAAUCGCCGAGUGCGUUGUCGGCGAUGAAACUGGAACCAUAGUCUUCACCGCUCGCAAUGAACAGGUGGACCUCAUGACGCCUGAUUCAACUAUAAUCCUGCGUAACGCCAAGAUUGACAUGUUCAAGGGAUCGAUGAGGCUAGCAGUUGAUAGAUGGGGCCGUAUUGAGGUCACGGAACCUGCCAAUUUUGAAGUGAAAGAGGAGAACAAUCUUUCAUUAGUGGAAUAUGAGUUGGUCAAUGUAGCAGAUGAGUGAUUGUAGCCUUUGAAGUGAAUCUUUAGUUUGGAGGGGUUCUAAGUUAUAUUUUGACCAUUGAACAAUUGACUGCGGUGCAGUUUUCAUAUGUGGUACAGUCUUGCAUAAUUUGUCUUACAUUGCUGUCGUUAAUGCAAAGAAUUAUGUUUCAGGUCA